AUGUCUAUAGUUAUGUCCUCCAUUAACUCCAUUUUGAUGGCACCACUUCAAUGUUUGAUCCACAGAGACUUCCAUGAAGUUGUAGCAAGAAUGCCUCUCAUCGAUAGGCUUCUCUUUCUAGCUGUUCACUCCAUUGAUAAGUUGGGAAUAUGGCACCGCUUACCAGUCUUCUUGGGUCUGGUUUAUCUGGCUUUUCGUCGGCACCUUCACCAGAAAUACAACUUAUUUAGCGUUGGCACACCUCCCGUCGGCGUUCGGUCCAAUCCCGCCGAUCAUCCCUUCAGAACAGCAGAUGGGAAAUUUAAUGAUCCCUUCAAUGAAGGUGCCGGAAGCCAGGGAACUUUCAUUGGCAGGAACAUUCUUCCUANCAGGGAACUUUCUUUGGCAGGAACAUUCUUCCUGUUGAUCAGAAAAAUAAGGUAA